CAGGCAGGCCAGCCGGAUGAGCGGGGAGUUGGGGCACCAGGGCCAGACCCUGAUCUGGGCUGUUUGGGUCCUUGCAGCUGCCACUGAGGGGCCAGCCGCGGAUGCACCGGUGAGGAGCACCAGGCUGGGAUGGGUCCGGGGGAAGCAAGCCACUGUGCUGGGAAGCACCAUGCCUGUGAACAUGUUCCUCGGGAUCCCCUAUGCUACGCCCCCUCUAGGACCCCUGCGAUUUAAGAAACCCAAGCCUGCCUUGCCCUGGAAUGACUUCCGAGAUACCACGUCCUACCCUAAAUUGUGCUUCCAGAACUCAGAGUGGCUGCUCUCAGAUCAACACUUUCUCAAGGUUCAUUACCCCAAAUUGGAAGUGUCCGAAGACUGCCUAUACCUUAACAUCUAUGCGCCAGCCCAUGCGGACACCGGCUCCAAGCUCCCCGUCAUGGUGUGGCUCCCCGGCGGUGCCUUCGAGACUGGAUCAGCCUCCGUCUUUGACGGGUCCGCCCUGGCUGCCUAUGAGGACGUGCUGAUUGUGACGACCCAGUACCGGCUAGGAAUAUUUGGUUUCUUCAGUACAGGGGACCAGCAUGCUCGGGGGAACUGGGCCUUCCUGGACCAGAUGGCCGCCUUAACCUGGGUUCAGGAGAACAUCGAGUUCUUCGGUGGGGACCCACGCUCUGUGACCCUCUUUGGCGAGUCAGCGGGAGCCAUAAGUGUUUCCAGCCUUAUUCUAUCCCCCAUGGCGAAUGGCUUAUUCCACAAAGCCAUCAUGGAGAGUGGGGUGGCCAUCAUCCCUUUCCUGAGGGCCCUCGAUGAUGAGAGGAAUGAAGAUUUGCAGGUGAUCACGCAUAUCUGUGGUUGCAACGCGUCAGACUCUGUGGCCUUGCUGCUGUGCCUGAGGGCAAAAUCCCCCGAGGAGUUGUUGGACAUCAACAAGAAAACCAAGUCUUUCACUCGAGUGGUUGAUGGUUUUUUCUUUCCUGAUGAGCCUCUAGACCUAUUGACUGAAAAAACAUUUAAUUCAGUUCCUUCUGUCAUCGGAGUCAAUAACCACGAGUGUGGCUUCCUGCUGCCCAUGAAAGAGUUUCCUGAGAUCCUCGGGGGCUCCAACAAGUCUCUCGCCCUGCACUUGCUACACACAGUCCUGCACAUCCCCAACCAGUAUUUAUACCUUGUGGCUGAUCAAUACUUCUCCAACAAGCAUUCCCCGGUUGAGAUACGAGAUAGUUUUCUGGACUUGCUUGGAGAUGUGUUCUUUGUGGUCCCUGGGGUGGUCACAGCUCGAUAUCACAGAGAUGCUGGGGCACCUGUCUACUUCUACGAGUUUCAACAUGGGCCCCAGUGCUUAAAGGACACAAGGCCGACUUUCGUCAAAGCCGAUCACUCUGAUGAAAUCCGCUUUGUAUUUGGAGGUUCCUUCCUGAAAGGCGACAUUGUCAUGUUCGAAGGAGCCACUGAGGAGGAGAAAUUGCUGAGCAGGAAGAUGAUGAGAUACUGGGCCAACUUUGCUCGGACCGGGGACCCUAAUGGGGAAGGCCUGCCUCUGUGGCCAGCCUACGGUCAGAGCGAGCACUACCUGAAGCUGGAUUUGAAUGUGAGCGUGGGACAGAAACUGAAGGAGCAGGAGGUGGAAUUUUGGUCAGAUACCCUCCCCCUGAUCAUGUCCACUUCCACAGCCCUCCGUGGUCCUCCUUCCUUACUCCCCUUUUCUCUGCUCCUGCCUUUAUUCUCUGCUCCUUGAGAAAUUGUGUGUGAUUUUGGUUUUCCUUCUUCUGCAAUUUCCCCCAUGAUCAUUAGCUCCAUUUUUGUGUUUAGCUACUUUGUGAAAUCAGCUGCUUUUACUGAUGUUUUAUGGACGUGGGGAGGAUCCCUAGGGGACUUCUCUUCUAUCAAACAACGCUGCUUGUCUUGGAAUGCUAUCAGAUCUCUUCAAUAAAUCUGCAGGAGGG